AUGUCAUUGGUAAAUUGGACAGAGGUAAAUGGCAACUUAUUAAUACUGUUACUUUCAGCGGCACCUCCCAAAAUUGUCAACGGUACUGACGCCAAAGAGGGUGAAAUUCCAUACAUUGUGUCUGUUCGAUAUAUCAGGUUGCAUACGUGUGGUGGUUCAAUUAUAAACGAAAAUAACAUACUGACUGCCGCUCACUGUAUGGAUAGUGGAAAAUACACAGUUCAAUAUGGUCUUCUUGAAAUAUCUUCUGAUUAUACCAACAGUAUAGAUAUUGAAAAGGUUUUCACACACGAAGAAUAUAAUCCGUCGAAGAAUCAUAUUAAUGAUGUAGCCGUAUUGAGACUGGCAUCUGCAAUUCGCUUGGACAAUGCGAACUUAAAACCAGUAACCUUACCUAGUCAAGGGGAAGCUGCUCCUGAUGGUGAAUGGGCUGUUCUUGCCGGAUGGGGCUCGUCAAAGACUGGAGGAGGAGUAAUGAAACACUUGCAAAGGGUUAACAUAUUGGUUUACUCACCUGAUGAUUGCAAAGCUGCCCACGGAAAUAAUGUAGAUGAAAGGCAUCACAUUUGUGCAGGCGUUCCAGAGGGAUGGAAAGGACAAUGCAGUGGUGAUUCAGGCGGUCCAUUUGUUGCAAACGGAAAACAAGUUGGUAUCGUUUCCUGGUCUGUGAAGCCAUGUGCCGUUGUGGGUUAUCCUGGAGUUUUGGCUCGAGUGGCGUCUUACCAUGACUGGAUCUCAGCUAAAGUAAAUUCGUAA